GAAAGACAAAGGGCCUGUGGGGCCUUGCGCAGGCUGCUGAAGUCCCAGACAGACACAGUAGUUCCUGGGAGGAGCAUUGUGUACCUUGGACACCCCAGGAGAAACAUUUUUUCCGCUGGUGUCAUAGGCAAGGACUUUGGCUUCCUCCGUGGUGGUGGGGCAGGGGUCAAGGGAUGUGGUUAGUAGGCUCAGCCUUCUACCUGAAAGAGCCUAUCCCACAUGGACUGGCCAUAGGUGGGCCCUAACAUUCAGACUCCUGCCGGCUGGGGGCUCAACUGUGAGCAGAAACCUUGGAAGCUCGUAAAGUUCAUUCUCCCUGCCUAACUCCCAGGGAGAACCUGGAGGUGUUCUCUGAAACCAAACCAGACCUCUGGCCCCAAAGCAGGGGUCUUUGCUGUCUCCUUCCUAUAUGGGGGUAGAGGGUGGGUACGCGGCCAGAGAGGAGUACGCCUUGCAAGAAAGACUGGAAGUGUCCACUCAAAAGUUAUUGCUGGUACAAGGGCAGCCACUUCGUUCACUCAAGGCCGGUUUAGAGCGGUUGCUACCUGCUGGGGGACCCCACCCUGGUAUGUGCCUCUCCCCACCUUUUCCCCUGAAGCCAAAAGCUUGUGAGGUGGGGGAGGGUGGGCCUGGGAAGGCUCUGUGCAAAUUGUAGCUGGGAGCCUCCGGGCAAAAGGUGAGCGAAAGGGAGAGGCGGCUGGCCUAAAAUUUAGGUAGGCGGGAAAAGCCUGUGACGGAGCUGUAACCGCUGCACAGGCCAAAGACCCUAGAGUCCUCCUCACCCCGGGGUUGGGGGCUGAACCUGCUGAGCCGGGCCGCCCCCUCUCCACACCCACUCCCAGCACCUGGCCCGACCUAUCGGCUGGCGGCUACGCCUCCUUUACCCUACUGUCUUGCCUCCGGUCGCGCCCUGCGCUGGCCCAGUACUCGGCCGUCAGCGGGAGCUGCCAGGCUCUGGAGGGCGCCCCGGAAACCAUGGAGGUCCUCGUCCUGGCCGGAUACCGCGCGCAGAAGGAGGACGAGCUGAGUCUGGCGCCCGGGGACGUGGUCCGGCAGGAGAUCCCAGAGAACCUGCGGGGUUCCAGAGAGGCGCGGAGACCGCGCUGUGCGCGCCGCCGAGGUCAUCCUGCCAAAUACCCGGGGCCCCAAAGAUGGUGCAAAGUGAACUUCAACUACAGCCCAGAGCAGGCGGACGAGCUGAAGUUGCAAGCUGGGGAGAUCGUGGAAAUGAUAAAGGAGAUUGAGGACGGCUGGUGGCUGGGGAAGAAGAACGGGCAGCUGGGAGCCUUCCCAUCCAACUUUGUGGAAUUGCUGGACAGUGGGCCCCCAAGCUUUGGUAACCCAGACAUGCCUUCAGUCAGCCCUGGUCCCCAGCGGCCUCCCAAGCUGAGCAGCCUGGCCUAUGACAGCCCUCCAGACUACCUGCAGACAGUCUCCCACCCUGAGGCCUACAGGGUCCUGUUUGACUACCAGCCUGAGGCCCCAGACGAGUUGACGCUGCGGAGGGGGGACGUGGUGAAAGUACUCAGCAAGACCACAGAGGAUAAGGGCUGGUGGGAAGGAGAAUGUCAAGGACGAAGAGGAGUUUUUCCAGACAACUUCGUACUCCCACCACCGCCAAUCAAGAAGCUGGUCCCACGGAAAGUGGUAUCUCGGCAAUCAGCUCCUAUUAAGGAACCAAAAAAGCUGAUGCCGAAAACAUCCCUCCCCACAGUCAAGAAACUAGCGACAGCCGCCACUGGGCCCAGCAAAGCCAAGACAUCUCGGACACCCAGCAGCGACAGUCAGAAGCUCACUUCCCGAGACUCAGGCCCCAAUGGUGGCUUCCAAAGUGGGGGUUCGUGUCACCCUGGCCGAAAGCGAUCCAAAACCCAGACUCCCCAGCAACGCUCUGUGUCCAGUCAGGAGGAAGAGCACAGCAGCCCAGCAAAGGCCCCCUCUGUGAAGAGAACCCCCAUGCUGGACAAGACCACAACUCCAGAGAGGCCCCCAGCUCCAGAGAAUGCCCCCUGCUCCAAGAAGAUCCUAGUUCCUGACAAGGUCCCCUCCCCAGAGAAGACCCUCACUCUAGGCGACAAGGCCUCUAUCCCAGGGAACUCCACCUCGGGGAAGAUCCCAGCUCCUGACAUAGUCCCCACCCCAGAGAGGAUGGUGACUCCAGAGGACAAGGCCUCUAUCCCAGAGAACUCCAUCCCAGAGGAGGCCCUGACUGUGGACAAACCCUCCACUCCAGAGAGGCUCUUUUCAGUGGAAGAGGCCAAUGGCCCAGGAGUCCCACCAAUGGAUAAAGUCCCUGAUCCAAAGAUGGCCCCUCUGGGGGAUGAGGCCCCCACCCGAGAAAAGGUCUUGACCCCAGAGCUUUCUGAAGAAGAGGUGUCCACCAGAGAUGACACUCAAUUCCAUCACUUCUCUUCGGAGGAAGCCCUGCAGAAGGUCAAGUCCUUUGUAGCCAAAGAGGCUCCAUCAUCCCAGGAGAAGGCCCACACACCAGAGGCACCCCCACUCCAGCCUCCUUCCUCAGAGAGGUGCCUGGGAGAGAUGAAAUGCCCCCUAGUUAGAGGGGACAGCUCCCCACACCAGGCUGAGUUGAAGUCUGGGCCAGCGUCCAGGCCUGCUCUUGAGAAGCCCCACCCCCAGGCAGAGGCUACAACGCUUCUAGAGGAGGCAUCUUCCAAAGAGGAGAGGACCCCUGAAGAGGAGGCAUCCCCCAACGAGGAAAGGCCUCUGAGAGAGGAGGUGCUCCCGAAAGAGGGAGUGGCUUCCAAAGGGGAGGUGCUCCCCAAAGAGGGAGUGGCUUCCAAAGAGGUGCUCCCCAAAGGGGGAGUGGCUUCCAAGGAGGAGGUGCUCCCCAAAGAGGGAGUGGCUUCCAAAGAGGUGCUCCCCAAAGAGGGAGUGGCUUCCAAAGAGGAGGUGACCCCGAAAGAGGAAGUGGCUCCAAAAGAGGAGGUGCCCCCUAUAGAAACAGCCUUUGCCCAAAAAAUACAUCCUAUCAAGCCGUCUCCAGACUCCCAAGAGACACUCACGCUCCCCUCCUUGCUUCCGCAAAACUACACGGAAAACAAGAAUGAGGGAGUCGAUGUAACGUCGCUGAGGGGCGAGGUGGAGUCUCUAAGGAGGGCGCUGGAGCUGAUGGGGGUGCAGCUGGAGAGGAAGCUGACCGACAUCUGGGAGGAGCUGAAGAGCGAGAAGGAGCAGCGCCAGCGGCUGGAGGUCCAGGUGAUGCAGGGGACCCAGAAGUCCCAGACCCGGCGCAUCAUCCACGCGCAGACGCAGACCUACUGAGGGCGGGCCUGGGAAGGGACCGCGGCCCGUCCUGGCUGGGGCCACCCACGUCCUUGCACACGACUUUGGGAAACGCGAGAAAGUAAACUCUGCCUCGCAAGGGGCCACGCCGGUCUGGUCGCUAGGGGCGGGGUCUGCGCGGGGGCAGGGCCUGGGCCUCCGCAUUCCUGACGGUCCCUCCCGGGCACAUCUGUCCAACAUGUGGCUCCCAUUACCGUU